AUGCCGUCUCUACUAGAGUUCAUCAAAGGCUCCGUCCGCCGACCACAGACAUAUUCAGCAGUGUCACCUGGCAGUAUGGAGAAAUCAUCAAGAGCUUCCGAUGAUACUACUCAAGACGGUCAGGAAGAUGCUCUCAUGGGCGAUGAUGCGCAUUUUCCUUUAUACCAUCCUCGUCGACGGUUCAGCAUUGUCACUAUUAUCGCAGCUACAUGCGUUUUGAUCCUCACUACCGUGGGAGCUUUCCUGUCUGGGAAAGCCUGGCAACCUCACAUUGAUGAGAAAUGCAUGAGGCACAACUAUCCUUACUCAACUGUUAUGGAGGAAAUCCCGAACAAGCUUCGUGAUGUCCAGUUUAAUGGAACUCUUGGGAAAAAAUCUGAGUUUACAGGGAACUGGGGCGAUCCGGAUGAGGCCAUGGACCGCAACUGGAACAAAUGGGGGUUCGUCAAAUAUGCCAGCUUCUCCCGAGACGAGUUUGCAGCAAUGGGCAUGGACCUUGAAGGUUCUGCAAAGUUCACUGAGGAAUACGGAGGAGGGUAUAUCGGGUUCUUGGAGAUUAGUCAUCAGAUGCAUUGUCUGAAUGUCAUCCGCCAAGCAUACCAUAGAGACUACUAUGAACGACCGGAGAAUAAGAUCUGGGCAGAUUGGCUGAAUGACAAUCCAAUCACCAUCAAAGUACACAUUAAUCACUGCUUCGAGAUGUUCCGACAGCUCAUUAUGUGUAAUGGCGAUGUGGGAGUUAUUCCUCACCACUGGGUCAAAGAUAUCCAAGACCCUUAUGCCAAUUUCAACACGAUGCAUAAAUGUCGUGAUCUGGAUAGCAUUGGUAAGUGGAUCGAAUCGCACGAAGUGCCGCCUCCACCCGAGACUGGAUACCCGAUGCCAAAGGAUUCCAAAGUCUGGCCAAGGCCGCCAUAG